AACCAAAAUCCCCCAUUUUCCUCUUCUUCUCCCCCUCCCGGUUCUCUUUCCUCCCCCCAAACACCACCAGAUUCUCUCUAUCUUUCUUCCCCUUAUUCAUUCUUUUUCCUUCUAAUUUUUCAAAUUUUCUUAACUCAAAAUACAAGACAACAAACCCAAAUAUCUGAUUCUACCCCCUUUCCUAUUUUAUUGGGGUAUUUUUCCAUUUCUUGCGAUCUUUUAACCUCUGCUUUUGAUGGUGUUUUCGUGUUCUUUUGUUGUAGCAUAACUUUUGUAGAAUUUAACAACCAUCAAUUCCCACUUGGGAUUUCUCCUUUUCUUUCGAAUUUCAGCAUCCAAUUAUCCAUUUUUCGACAUUUUCAGCUCCUUAUUAUUGCACCACUUUGGGAUAGUUCCUCCAUUUUUUUCAAGCUAGGGUUUUCUUUACCAAAGUUGGGUAACCCAAAAUUCCUUUAAUCUAUCCAUUUAAAGUCUGAUUUUUAGGGGUUUAUGGGUUACAAUUUGUUGGGAUUUUUUAAAAUUUUUUUGGGGUUGGAUGAUCAUUGCAGUAGCUUAACUUUUCUUGUUCUUGGAGCUAUUGUUGUAGCAUCAAAUUCGUAGUUGAGUUGUAGUUUGUAAUAUACAGCGUUUGACUUGAUUCAAUUUGCAAAGUUGGUUAAUGUGAAUUAAUUUCAUUUUUUCUGUUUGGAUUAGGGAUUAGAAUACGUAUUUUGCUGUAUUCUUAAUCUGUGUUGUUAGUUACUGGUGGCCUGGUGGGUGGGACUUUUGUUGUUGUUGCUUAGGAGUAGUGUUUUGAGUAAAGGAAAUUAGCCUUUGCUUGUAUGGGUGGGCAUGAGGGAUGGCCACAACCGAGUGGGCUACAUCCGAACGGACUGUUACCCAAUGAAUCCUAUUCGGCUAUUCGUGUUCUUGAUUCAGAAGGAUGGUCGAAAGCUGAGGAGAGAAUUGCAGAGCUUAUUGCCUGCAUUCAGCCGAACCAGCCAUCCGAAGAGAGACGAAAUGCCGUUGCAGAUUACGUGCAGCGGUUGAUCACAAGAUGCUUCCCUUGUCAGGUUUUCACUUUUGGGUCUGUUCCUUUGAAGACGUAUUUGCCGGAUGGGGACAUUGACUUGACAGCAUUUAGUAAUAACCAGUCUCUUAAAGAGACGUGGGCUAUUCAAGUGCGUGAUAUAUUAGAAAGUGAAGAGAAGAAUGAAAAUGCUGAAUUUCAUGUGAAAGAGGUGCAGUAUAUUCAGGCAGAAGUCAAAUUAAUAAAGUGUCUUGUGGAAAAUAUUGUUGUGGACAUAUCAUUUGAUCAGUUGGGUGGGUUAUGCACCCUGUGUUUCCUUGAGGAGGUUGACCAUUUGAUUAAUCAGAACCACCUGUUUAAGCGUAGCAUUAUAUUGAUCAAAGCCUGGUGCUACUACGAGAGUCGCAUAUUAGGUGCUCAUCAUGGGCUUAUUUCAACUUAUGCCUUGGAGACCUUGGUUCUUUACAUAUUUCAUGUUUUCAAUAAUACUUUCACGGGACCUUUAGAGGUUCUUUAUAGGUUUUUGGAAUUCUUUAGUAAUUUUGAUUGGGAUAAUUUUUGCGUCAGCUUAUGGGGUCCUGUACCCAUUAGCUCACUUCCUGAUGUAACUGCGGAGCCUCCUCGCAAAGAUAGUGGAGAAUUGCUGUUAAGUAAAUUGUUUCUUGAUGCUUGUAGUUCUGUAUAUGCUGUCUUCCCUGAAGGCCAAGAAAAUCAGGGGCAACCCUUUAUAUCGAAGCAUUUCAAUGUCAUUGAUCCUUUGCGUGUGAACAAUAACCUCGGAAGAAGUGUCAGUAAAGGUAACUUUUACAGAAUUCGAAGUGCUUUUGCGUUUGGGGCAAAGAGGCUAGCCAGACUACUAGACUGUUCUGAAGAGAACAUUGUUUUUGAGUUAAACCAGUUCUUUAUGAACACAUGGGAGAGGCAUGGUAGCGGUGUCCGUCCUGAUGCCCCUAGUAGUGACUUGUGGCCCUUGUUGAAUAAUCCAGAUAAUCGAUCAAACAAUCAAGAUAAUGCCUCAAGUAGCAAGAAUUCAAAUAAUAAUGCAUCUAUUCGAGAAAUUGUGACUGAGAUGCCUCAGAUUAAUCGGCCUCUAUCUUCUCAACUUGCUAGUUAUCCCUUGGAAAGCACUUCCAAAAGCAAUGGUGUUCUUGCCGUUUCUUGUGCACAGGGUCAGAAAGGUUCCGAGAAUCCGAAUGGCUCAAGGAUAGCAGAGCAGGUUGAAAAAAGCAAUUCUGCUCAGAGUGUACGAAUCGAUAGAAAUAAAAAAAGCAUGAAACCUGAUAACUUGCUCAAUGAAGUACAGGGGAAGUAUCUUUUUGCCCGGACACGGUCAAGUCCUGAACUCACUGAUGCAUAUUAUGACGUCUCUUCUUCAAGAGGGAGGCGUAGUAAACCUACUGAAAGUGGGAGAUGUCAGGUUGCUUCGUCAAAGAUGGAUAGCAAUCGAAGGAAAAACACAGCUUCUGAAAUCGUGUCAACUCAAAGUACUUUAUCCUCAUCAGACGAUCUCUUACCUGGGAGGCCCAAUUCAUCUCAUCAUGUUAUAGAUGUUGCUGCUGAUUCAAUCAGUAAUUCAAAUAGCUAUGUUGAUGAGUCUGGAACUGGCAUUGUUAGUGAGGAUAACUCUUCCAUAGUGGGAGCACAAGGGAUGCAUCAAGAGGAGCAAGAUCUUGUAAAUAUGAUGGCGUCCUCCUCUUUACAUAAUUUUGGUGGACAGGUACCUAUGCCACUGAAUUUGGCAUCGAGUCAUAAUUUUGGUGGACAGGUACCUAUACCAAUACCCCAAUCAGUGCUUGCUUCUAUGGGAUAUGGUCAGAGAGGCAUGGCUGGGAUGUUCCCUGCUAAUAUUCCCUUGAUUAAUCCUCACUGGGCUGCAAACCUGCAGUUUCAGCAAGGUUUGAUUUCAUCUCCGUUAACUCGAUAUUUCCCAGGAGUUGGGUUGCCUACAAAUUCUGAGGAUUUAAUUGAACAAGCUGAUGAAAGUUUUGGUUCUGUGGAUAUUGCUCGACAAAGUGCUGAUACUGAUUAUUGGCAUGAGCGAGAUGUGACUUCGAGUGGAAGGUUUGUCCAAGAUGAUGGAAGUUUAGAGACGCUCCAUGCAGAUGACAGACAGCCUUCAACUUCUGGUAAUUCCAGCUUUGUUCCCUCGUCUCGUAUAGCUAGUUCUGGCAGUACAUUUAAAGUACAGCCACAAAUGAUCAAGGAGCUUCGAACAUCAAUGAAAGAUGAUUAUGUGGAAAAAUUCCAGCGCCAAGAUAACCGAGAAAAUGAAGUUUACUCAGUUGAUAGAGUUUCGAGUGCUAGGUUCUCUUCUGCUUCUCAGGCUGGUUCCGCGAAGACAUCAUCUGAGAGUUCCUGGGACGGAUCAUCUGCAAGAGUGUCAAAGGCAGGCAGGGAAAAGCGAGGGAGGAAAACAGUUGCUUCAGCUGCAGUACCUUCUAAUGUUCAUGGAAAAGAUAAAAGUAUCUACGAAAAUUCGACUGCUGAGUUAGAUGAUGAGACUAGAGAUUGGAACAUCGUGUCCACAAAAGGGAUAGAUAUUGAUGAAAGAAGAACAGCUUCUCAACAUGCAUCCACUCUGCAUGCCCCUAGAAAUCACUUGCCUGGUUUUGAAGCUGCACAAACGAGUGGAUCUGAUUCAGUCAUGCCUAUUGCUCCUAUGCUUUUAGGUCCUGCCUCGCGGCAAAUCACAUUCUAUCCCACUGGACCACCAGUACCUUUCUUUACAAUGCUUCAUUUCCCUCCCGAGGCUGGAAAUUCUGAUCCAUCAAGUUAUCCUCUGCACGCAGAGGUGGGCUCAGAUAAUGUUGAUUCCGAGCCAAACACCGGUUUGUCUGCUGGGCCUGAUGUUUUGAGUACCUAUAAUUCCACGAAGAGAACAAUUGCAGCAGAGCCAUCGAUAGAACCAAAGUCAGAUAUUCUUAACAGCGACUUCGCUAGCCAUUGGCAAAAUCUGCAAUUUGGACGGUUUUGCCAGAGCCCACGGUUUCCUGCACCAGUUGUUUGUCCCUCCCCUGUACCUCCUAUGUACUUACAGGGUCGCUUUCCUUGGGAUAAUCCGGGAAGACCUCUUGCAGCUGACCCAAACCUUUUAUCUCAGUUUAUGAGUUAUGGUCCUCACGUUGUGCCUGCUGCUCCUGUUCAGACAGUGUCCAGUGGACCCUCUAAUGUCUACCAACACUAUAAUGAUGAACUACCAAGAUAUCGAAGUGGAACUGGAACCUAUCUACCGAAUCCUAAGGCUUCUGUUAGAGAUCGGCAUUCUUCUGGAGCGAGAAGAAACAGUUACAACUAUGAUAGAAGUGAUCAAGGUGACAGAGAAGGAAACUGGAAUGCUGCAAAAGCAAAAGCUGCAGGGCGUAGUCACAACCGUAGCCAAGCCGAGAAGUCGAGGAUUGAUCGAGUGGCAGCCAGUGAGGGUCGGGCCGACAGACCUUGGUCUAACUACAGGCAUGACCAUAUACCUUCGUAUCAGGCUCAGAAUGGCCCGUCAGGGCCUAACUCGUCCCAGAGCAGCUCAGUGAACGUGGGUUAUGGGAUGUACCAGUUUCCGGGCCUGAACCCGAGUGGGAAUGGAUCCAGGGUUGUGAUGGUAUAUCCAUAUGAUCACAACUCCGGGUAUGUAUCGCCCGGGGAGCAGCUUGAGUUUGGUUCUCUUGGUCCCAUGAGUAGUAGUAGUGUUGGCACAAAUGAUGCAUUGCAAUCCAUUGAUGGAACUCGGUUGAGGAGAGCAUUUGAGGAUCAAAGAUUUCAUGGAACCUCUGCACAACAGUCUUCUUCGCCAGAUCAACCAUUGUCCCCUCACUUCCAAAGGAGGAUUUGAUUAUUUUGCCAGAUCAUUGGCCCAAAGGAAGUACCAGCUGAAAGAUGAAGAAGACUUUCCACCGUUGGUGUUCCAAAAUCCAGGACAAGAUGGUGGGAGGAUCUGUAAACAACAGAAACACUCCCUUCAUCACACUCUGAUGUUUGCACAACAAGCAUAGCAGGUUUUGGGGUUUUGUUGGCGAAGGGGUUUCCGCUGGCUUCUUCUGUACACGACCUGUUCCAGCUCCAAGAAUGGAGGAUUGUUGAAACAGUGAAAGAUGACAUUAAAUGUUUUAAAAUUCUCAUUUUCCAUUAAAUGCGACAGGGGUGGUGAAAGGAGCAUCGGAUCGAGGCAUUUGCCAGUUACAAUUUUUUAGGGUCUGACACACUGUAACUUAGUCCAAACUAGCUUGUAGAAACUAUAAUCAGGGCUUUCCUAGCCCUGUCGAGCAUCAGUUUUUCAUUCUUACCUACUGUACUCCAUUUGGGGGUUGCGAGGUUCUUGAUAAAAAAAAAAAAAAAAAAAGAGCACGUUCCAUACUAAUUUUCAUGUAGUUCAAUUUGAUAAAAAACAGUGUAGCAAAAUCAUCCUCAUAGUUUUAAAGAAUAGUUAGAAGUUUUUGAUA